CGUCUGCGGGGCUCCUCGCCACGGCACGGCUGUCCUCCUCAACCCCCCACGUGCCCCUCUUGUUCUUAUUCUCCUUCUUCACCUCCACCUGCGCCCUCCUCUCCUAUUUGCACUCAUGUCGUACUGGGUGCGCGGAUGACUGGCGUCCAGCAGCGAACUAGUUAACGAGCGGCGGCGGAUGAGCCCGCUCUCCGGCAGGCAGCACACCGCCACAGCACGAAGAUGGCGUCGGAGGGAGCCAGCGGACAGCACCCUCCUCCUCCUCCGGUUCAGCAAGCCCUCACCGCCGCCGUGCUGGGAAGCGUCGACACGAAAUGCGACUUCAACAUGGAUAACCUAAGCAAGCCAGAACUGUUGACACUGCUGAGCAUCAUGGAGGGCGAGCUGGAGGCCCGCGACCUGGUCAUCGAGGCCCUCAGGGCUCAAAGGAAAGAAGUAUUCCUGCAGGAGCGCUAUAGCCACUUCAGCCUGACCGACCCCUUUCUGGCGCUGCAGCGGGACUUUGAGUGUGGUGUCCCACGAGGUGACAAGGAGCGGCGGCCGCUGGGCUCCAGCCCCAUGUCUGUCCUGGAAGCUGUCAUGGCGCACUGCAGGAAGAUGCAGGAGCGCAUGUCCACACAGCUGGCUGCUGCCGAGAGCCGCCAAAAGAGGCUGGAGAUGGAGAAGCUGCAGCUGCAAAGCCUGGAGCAAGAACACCGCAAGCUGACGGCUCAAUUGAAGGACGAGCGCGAGAAGAACAAGCACAUCGUCAUGAUGCUGGUGCGCGAGUGCAAGCAGCUGGCCACGCGGGUGGUGGAGGAAUCGCAGCGCUUCGAUGAGCUCCAGGCCCGACUGGAUGAAGAGGGUCAAGCCUCAGGCCGGCUUCGUGAGGAGCUGAGCACCGAGCGGCAGCGCGGUCAGCAGAUGGAGGCCGAGAUGGAGAAACAGCUGUCCGAGUUGGAUACUGAGCGCGAGCAGCUGCGGGCCAGGCUGGGUCGCGAAGAGGCUGAGAGUCAGAACCUACGGCAGCAGGUGGAGCAGCUCAGAACUGAUUGCGGGGGUGCCAAGGAUGGCACAAAUCCUGCCACCCCCACCUGUACGCCACCCAUGACCUCUGUUUCAGUGGCCACAGAACCCGUCCACUCUCGGACAGCAUCCUGCCAAACGGACCAGCCCCUCGUUGAGGUGGAGGGUCCCAAGAAGACUACUCUCACAGUAGCCGCAAAACCCACCUCUGGCCCUUAUACCGGUCUUAGCCUGCCUAAGACCACCGCUCGGGGAAUCGUUCACAGUAGUUCAGGGGGGCUGUCGCAAAGCGAGAACGGCUCCGAGGCCCAAACCACCCCCCACGGCCUACCCAGCGGUGUCAGCCCCCGUGUCCAGGCAGCCCGCUACAAGUUCCAGGAACAGGACCAAAACGGUACCGCCUCCCAGAGUCCUCCGGCCAGAGAUCCCUCACCCAACAACCGAGAUAACUUUGCUGCCAAGCAACAAGCGCGUCACACUGUCACCCAAGUCCUGUCGCGCUUCACUAGCCCACCAGCAGGGGGUGGGGGAGGUCUGCGGCCAAGCCUCCCUCACUCUGCCUCUGAGGGAGGGUCCUUCCCCAGCCGCCUCAGCCACCCCAUUGGCCUUAAGUCCCCCACCGUGGCCCGAAUUGACCGGGGCAACCCUCCGCCUAUCCCUCCAAAGAAACCAGGGCUCUCCCAGACCCCUUCCCCUCCUCAUCCGACAAUGAAGGUGGUGGGGGACGGUGGCCGCGCUCACGGAGCGGGGCUCAAAUCGGCUACACCUCAGCUUCCACCCAAACCCGCCCUGGAUCUGGUACCAGCCCUGACGGCCUCUCAGGUGGGUGCAUGCCCCCUCCGUCGCUCUCCAGGACCCAUCCAGUUUGCAGAUUGCCCCCCUGUCAUCACCACUGCCAUCCCCUCCAUCAAUCCCAUUCCCUCAUCCCACUCCGUUAGUGCUCCAUUCAACUGUAUCCCCUGUGCCCCCGCAGUCAGCCCCCUGGCAACAGCAUCAGGCUGGUGUCCCUCCGUAGUCUCCCCUCUCGGUGGCGGUGGGCCCGCUGCCCUGGACGGCGGGCGGCCGCUCCUCCUACUUCAAGCUGCUUCCCAGGGAAAUGCCACUUUAUUGUCAAUGCUGCUUCACCAACCCCACCCGACCACGUCCGACCACGCCCACCGAAACACUGCCACGGACAACCAGCCCACCCGCCACCCACCACAAGACCUCGUCCACAACUUGACUGCUGCCUUGUUCUCUGCUGCUUACCACGGACACACAGAGUGCGUGAAGCUGCUGCUGUCUUCUGGCUCACCUGCUGAUGUGUCCGACCGAAACCGAUUUACACCUUUGCACUUUGCCGCCACCCACGGCCACAGUGGCUGUGUGGAGGCUUUGCUGGCCGCGGGCGCAGCUGUGGACGCGGCUGCGGACGGUGGCCAGACCGGCCUCUUCCUGGCCAGUGGGGCGGGCAGGAAACACUGUGUCCAAAUCCUGCUGAGCGCCGGUGCUGAUCGCUCCCUCAUGGCCACGGAUGGCUGCACGUGUCUUCACGCGGCGGUUCGAUCAGGCCACGUGGACACGCUGCGUCUACUCCUCUGUCACCACGGCCUGAGAGACCCCACCUCCACCCUUGAAUCCGAUGGAGACCCUGCAUUACCUGCCACACUCCUGAACCACGCCAACUCUGAUGGAUGGACGGCUGCUCACAUGGCUGCCGCUCUCGGCCUGAAGGAGUGUCUGGAGGUUCUGUGUAGCCACCGUGAGCAAGACAUUGAAAGGAGAGAUAAAUGCAAUCGCACCAUUCAUGACGUUGCCACUGACGACUGCAAAGAGCUAUUGGAGAACCUUAAUCAGUAUCUCGUCCUGGUGCGUCUUCAGUAUUCCGAUAGCGGUCCGAUGUGUGCCGUGGAUUGGGAUGAUAAUGAGAACCGGGCCGAGUUCCAGUCAGUGCUGUGCAGGAUCUCAGUGGACCGCUCAAUGACCUGGCCACAGUUGAGUGUCACCAUUAGCCACGCCUUCACCGCACACCUGCACUUGCUGUGUGGUGAGGAUGCACAGCAUCCCCCGCUAGGACUAACCACCGAUAGCAUCGCCUCCAUUAUGAUUGGAGGAAAUGACUGGCGGCCAGGUCAAGAACUUCCUUUCUCGCCUUGGGAUCUAGUUCGGAAACCUCUGAGUCAGGUCAUCACUGUCCGACUAAAAGGUCUUUCUGAAUCAUGUCUGGAUGAGUUGGCUCUGGAAUCUCUCUUCCCGCUGCCUGUGCUGCUCAACUACGUUCGCUUGGUGGAACAAUACGGGAGUGUCAUCCUUCACGGCUUGGAGGACAGCUGUCAGGACUACAUUGCCGCUUCAUUGGCUCGCUGCAUCAAGUCCAAGCAGGAGGCAUGCGGUCAUGUGUGCGAUGUGGUGAAUGUGGAAGUACAAAACUGUCUGACCAAGGAGAAGCUGCUGGACACCCUUGUCUCAUGUGGCUUCCUGGUACCGGCGGCGGCAUCAUCCAAUAAUGGCAGCUGCGUGGUUCUGCUGUUGCAAGGUUUGGAGAAGGCGGCAUCCUUAUCAGGCCUGCUGGGGGAUCUGUGCCACAGCUUGGAUAACAGAAACUCCACCACCCCCAUGCUGCUCAAUGCUGGUCCGCACCACUUCUGCCAACGCAGCUUCCUGAUCGGCUCCCUCUCAAAGCACCGCCUCCAGGGCUCAGAGCUGAGGCUCCAGCAGCAUUUCCGGUGGCUGCGUCUGCGCUGGGAUCAAGAGCCCCUUCACGGAUUGUUGGGUAGACACCUGCGCAGGAAGUUGCUGAACCAGACAGGAAGCGUGGCGUGGUCUAAUGAUGGCAUCAUGGAGAAGGCUGUAGUAUGGGUGGCUCAGGUGUGGCAGCAACUCAACGCCUGCCUGGCACAUCUGGGCACACACGAAGCAUUGAUGGGACCUGGUCACUUCCUGGCAUGUCCCGUCCACACCAAUGACGCAUACGCCAUCGCCAGGUGGUUGUCUCGGCUGUGGAGCGCUGUGGUGGUUCCUCGCGUGGAGGCAGCGAUCGUCUCUCGGGUGACGGCAAGGCGCUCUCCACCAACGUCACCGAGCAAUGUUGUUCUGAGCGCUGGCCAGCAAGCGGUGGUAAAGGCCGCGCUUAGCAUCUUGGUCAACAAAGCCGUCCUGCGGGGAUGCCCACUCCCUCGCCACGAAGUCAUGUUCAGGGGCGGGGCGCUCCCUUUGACCGCCAUUAGCUCUUUUAAAGGAACCAGCGCUGGAAGAAAGUGUCGAGACAAGCUGAGACGAUCCAAUACCAGCCCUCGAAAGAAAGCAAGUCCUGCUUCCAGCUGGACUGGGAGCUCCUUUAGUCACGGCACGGUCUCCACUACAGAUGUAAGCUGUAUCACAAAUGGCAAAAUCCACAGGGAGGUGUCCACUUUGUCUUUGUUUUCCGAUGACGAGACCGACUUGAUCCAAGAGCUUCAGUCGUUAUGCUCCAGCAAGUCAGAACCAGACAUCAGACAGAUGUUGUCGUCUAAGGACGACAAUGUCCUUUUGUUUGUCAAUGGAGGUCUUGCCGGAGCUCCGCCCCCGCCACCACAGCAGGAAGUAGCUGUGGAACAAUCAGCUCAGCCGUCGCAAUUGACUCAGGCCGCCGUCCAGAGCGCUGAACCACGCUCGUGCCCUCGGGUCAAAUCUCAGUUGCCCGUGCCCAGCAGGGGGCAGCAGCAGCCUCCUCCUCGAGUCCCUGUGAGCAACCACCGCCACCACAACAACAACAGCAGCAGCAGCAAAGCAAACAGCAGCAGCAAGAACAACAAACAAGCACAGGAGCACAUCUGGCUCCUACAACAACACAAUGACAGAUAAACACACACCUACACACUGCCCCGCCCACUAAAGGAAGAGUCAAUCACACAAAUGGAAAUCUCUCACCCUCUUCUCAAUCACACAAGAAUGACAAUGAUACUUUGGUGGCUCAAGUACUAAGAAUACUCAAGUCUCUCAAUUGUAGUGUCCCUUGCUCGUAAACAGACGAGUGAGGACUUAAGAAGUUGCAAUUAGAAAAGUCAGAUGAGCCCAAAGGCAAAAUGUCCACGUUUUUUGCACGAGUGGUCUUUGGAAAACUUUCCCAAAACAAAUCAAGCCUGGUACACAAAUUCACAACUUGAACAUUUGCAAUACUUUUGGGGGUUUUUUUCUCCAUCAUUUUGAAGCAAAACUACCAGAAACAAACCUUUUCUGUUAAAAAUGCAUCUUUUUAAAAUCUUUUUAUCCCUCCAUUUUCCCACAAUAUACCAUAUUUUCCGCACUAUAAGGUGUUUUCAUAUACAGUGGUGUGAAAAAGUAUCUUAACCUUUUGUAAUUUUUUACAUUUCUGCAUAAAACCACCAUCAAAGGUGAUCUGAUCUUCUGUCAAAAUCGCACCGAUGUAAAACAGUGUCUGCUUUAACUAAAACCACCCAAAUAUUUAUAGGUUUUCAUAUUUUAACGAGGAUAGCAUGCAAACAGUAAUAGAAAGGGGGAAAGUAAGUAAGUGACCCCUCUGCCUAAGGAGACUUCAUGAGCAAUUGAAACCAAUUUUUACUAAACAAUUUAAGUCAGGUGUGUGCCCAGCCACUGUUGAGUGGUUUAAAGCUGCCCUGCCCACUAUAAAACAUACACCUGGUCAAAUUUGUCUUGAUGAGAAGCAUUGUCUGAUAUGCAUCAUGGCUCGGUCAAAAGAGCUGUCUGAAGACCAGAGAUCAAGGAUUGUUGAUUUGUAUAAAGCUGGGAAAGGAUACAAAACUAUCUCUAAAAGUCUAGAUGCUCAUCACUCGACAGUCAGAGAAGUUGUUUACAAAGGUGGCACUGUUGCUUCUCUCCCAAGGAGUGGCCGUCCACCAAAGAUGAUGCCAAGAGUUCAGCGCAGAAUACUCAGAGAGGUAAAAAAGACCCUUAGAAUGACUGCUAAAGACUUACAGAAAUCACUGGCACAGUCCAAUAUCUCUGCGCACACAUCAACUAUAUGUAAAACUUUGGCCAAGUAUGGUGUUCAUGGGAGGACUCCACGGAGGAAGCCAUUGCUGUCUAAAAAAAAACAAAACAUUGUUGCUCAUUUAAUGUUCGCAAAAAGGCACAACGACACUCCACAGAAGUUUUGGCAAAAUAUUUUGUGGGCUGAUGAAACCAAAGUUGAAUUGUUUGGGAGUAACACACAAAGUCGUGUGGAGGAAAAAUGGAACAGCUCACCAACAUCAACACGUCAUCCCCACUGUGAGGCAUGGUGGAGGGAGCAUCAUGAUUUGGGGCUGUUUUGCUACCUCAGGACCUGGACGACUUGCAAUCAUUAAUGGAAGAAUGAAUUCAAAAGGAAAACCUGAGGCCGUUUGUCAGACAGUUGAAGCUAAAAAGAGGAUGGAUGCUGCAACGAGACAAUGAUCCAAAACACAGAAGUAAAUCAACUUCAGAAUGGUUUCAGAAGAACAAAAUACACGUUCUGGAGUGGCAAAGUCAAAGUACAGACUUGAACUUCCUUGAGAUGCUUUGGCAUGACCUAAAGACAGCGAUUCAUGCCAGACAUCCCAGGAAUCUGACUGAACUACAGCAAUUUUGUAGAGAAGAAUGGGCCAAGAUUAGUCCUGACCAAUGUGCCAGAAUGAUCUGCAGCUACAGGAAGCUUCUGGUUGAAGUUAUUACUGCCUGAAGGCGGGGGGAGGCACAAAAUAUAAUGUGAUGCUUCACUUACUUAUUUUUUCCCCCUUCUGUCGGUGUUUGCAUACUAUCCUGUUGGGUCUAAAACACCUUCUUCAAUUUAGCUGUUGACCCAGAGCGAGGUGACAAAGGCAGGACACAAGGAGGCAGGAGUCAGAGAGUAGACUUUUACUAAGCUGCAGUUUGGGGAGAGGUCUGAGAUCGAGCAACGUGACUAAGAGCGUCUCAUCGAAGUCUCUCUCAGAGCUCCCCGCGCUGCUGACUUUUAUUGAGGGCUUGUUGCUGGGCAGAAUAUAGUUACAACACUGUUGUCCAACGUGGCAGUUUCGAUCGGGCAAGUUCCUUAUUCUUGUCAUUGAUUAAAUUAACAGUCACACUCAUUGAUUAAAUUAACAGUCACACUCUUGAGCGAGCAAGAUAACUUUGUUUUGAACACACAUUUGCACUCGAAGUAGCUUGGUGGAAAAGUACUGAGACAUUGUGUGAUGAAUCAACAUAUGUGUGUGUAUCUAUUUAUCAGCAGAAUGUGAGCAAUUGCCGGUAAUAAAAAUGUAAGCACAUGAUAUAUAUGUAUAACACCAUUUACCAUUAUGGGGUAAAACUGUAUUCUUCGUAAUAGCUCGGGAGAGCGCUUAUAAUAGCUGUGGGAGAGCAAACUUGUAUAACCCGCAGAGUAUAAUGGUCAUACAAUCAAGCAUAUCUUACAUAUCCUCAUUAAAAUAUGAAAACCUAUAAAUGUUUGGAUGGUUUUAGUUAAAGCAGACAGUUUUUUAAUCUGUGUGAUUUUGACAAAGAUCAGGUCACAUUUGAUGGUGAUUUUAUGCAGAAAUGUGAGAAAUUCCAAAAGGUUCAGAUACUUUUUUAUACCCCUGUAUAUGGAUAUAUAUAUA